UGUGAGUUCGACCUAAUGUGAAUUCAUCGUGUCGCGUCCUGCCAUACAGAGAGGUACGAAGGAGACGCCGACCGACGACUUCGCAGUCUCGAGUUGAAUCCAGCUCGAACUUCCGCGAACAUCCAGCUCGACGUGGUGUCGAUCAUCUUCUCCGUCUCUGACAACGCAUGCGCGGUUCCUUCCGAUUCCUCGAAUUUCGGUCGGAAAAGCGAUUCCGCCCUCAAAUAGUUGAGAUCACGGAACAACAUCGAGACUCAAAUCAAAUCCGAAUCCCCUGGCGGUUUUCUCCCCUUCGUCGCAUGUUCUGAUACUCAUGCGAGAACUCUUUAGGCGAUAAUGGAAUUGCCGAAGCUCGCGUACUUCCACAAGUACAUCAGGAUCAUUUUUCGAGCGGCGGUCCGCUCGGUUGAUCCGAAAGUUCUUGUCCGGAAAAAUGUGCGGAUCGUCGACAAAGAGCUCGGCUUCAAAGUGGGCUCUUUCGAGGGGCCAGUUUACCGAGUGAAGCACAACAUCUACAUCUGUGGCUUCGGCAAGGCCGUGGCGCCAAUGGCAGCUCAGCUGCAAGAGCUCUUCAGACCUCACGUGGAAAAAGGGGUGAUCAGCGUUCCGAGUGGCUUCACGGAGUUCUCCGAAAAACUCGAGAAGAGAAGAUGGCUACCCGAACACCCCAUCGAGGUGAUCGAGGGGGCCGCCGGCAACAUACCCGAUGAGAACAGUCUGGAAGCCUCCGGGAAAAUCGUCAAGCUCAUCAAAGGUCUAUCUGAGAAUGACAUUCUUUUCGUGUUGAUUUCCGGCGGAGGCUCAGCGCUUUGUCCGAUGCCGAAGCCGCCGCUCACGCUCUCGGAAAAACGCCAGAUCAUACAACAUCUCUCGAAAGCCGGAGCAACGAUCCAGGAACUCAACAAGGUCCGCAUACGCCUCUCUGCUCUGAAGGGAGGCAAGCUCCUGAAGCACACGAAGGCUCAGGUGAUUUCAUUGAUCCUGUCCGACAUCGUGGGGGACCCUCUCGAUCUCAUCGCGAGCGGACCCACCGUCGAGUCGAGAAUAUCGAGCACGGAUGCGAUUGAAGUUUUGGAGAAGUACGAUUUCAAAAUCUCGGAAACCCUCCGCGGAGUGAUCGAGACGGAGCCCGAUGACCGGGUCUGUUCUUCGUUCUCGAACCAUCUGAUCGGAUCGAAUAGGGUGGCGUUGGAUGCCGCGAAACUCAGCGCAAAGUCGUACGGUUUCCACACGAUUGUCGCGACAGACCGCCUGACUGGCGAAGCUCGCGAAGUCGCGAAAAAAAUCGUCAAGAUCGUGGACGGCGACUGCUCAGGUCUGGGCUUGAGUGCCGCUGUUGAGGAGGAACUGAGAAGCCUGCCGAAGGAUACGCCGAUUUGCGUCCUGUUCGGGGGAGAAACCACCGUCACGGUCACCGGUGAGGGAAAAGGCGGCCGGAAUCUGGAGAUGGCUCUGGCAGCGGGUAUGGCUCUGGAAGAGCAACAGAAGGAUGUCGUUUUUCUUUCGGGCGGCACCGAUGGCAUUGACGGUCCCACUGACGUUGCGGGCGCGAUCGUGGAUCAGACAUACGUCAAGUUCAAGCGACAGAAGGGAUUCGAUCCUCUCGAAUACCUGAACAACAACGACAGCUAUACGUUUUUCCAUCCGCCCGACUUGAAGCCAACCGCGGAGGAGUUUUACGCGAUCCUGAAGACCGGCCACACCGGCACCAAUGUCAUGGAUGUUCAAGCGUUGAUGUUCCUAACAGAUGCGUAGAGUUCGCUCCACGUGUG